AUGCAACAAUCUUAUCAGAGACUUCCUUCAGCAAAUAAAACAGGCAUGAGACCACCAUCAUCAAAGUCCAAAAUAAGUGGUGAUGUGCCGUUUCCAUCAAAGACAAUUUCAGCAAAUAGACCUCAAACAAUUGCUCAAGGUCUCCCGAGUGCCCACACUCAAAAAGGACAACGUCAGGUUGCCGACAGCAAAUAUUACAUCGGUAUUUUACGUCAAAGAUUAAAUGAUAUCGUUCAAGAAAUCAAAAGAUUAGAAGCCGAAAACGAGGAACGCAAGCGUGGUCAAGCAAUUCAGGUUUCUUUGCAGCAAGAAGUCCAAGACUUACGUACGCAAAUCAACGCGCAAGAAGCUGAGCUUGCUGAUUAUAACGUACUUGCAGAUCGUCUGUCUAGUAAAGUCUCAUACGAUGAAAUGCAGGCAAGUUUGAAAGAUACACAAGCAUCAAAUGCACAGCUCGAAAAAGAAGCAGAUCGUCUCUAUCGUGAGAGAAAAGAUCUCGAAGCAAUUGUUACAGACCAAGAGAAGCAAGUCCAGGAAAUGAUGCGCGGAUCUGGUGCUCCUGAACUUCAGAAGAUGGCUGCUGAGUUAGAACAGUUAGAAUCUGAAUGCCAAAAGCUCAGAGGAACAACAGGAAAUCUCGCAGGAAAAUCUCGCGAAGAACUUCUCCAAAUUGUUAAGGAUACUACAUCUAAGAUCGGUGAUAUCGAUAAGCAGAUCCAGGAUGAGCAGAAGAGCCUCCAAUACGUUCAGCAGCAAAUUAAGAACUUAGAGGCCCGUGAAGCAGAUCAAAAUACAGAGCGUGGUAAGAAAUACCUCACAUUAUUAAAUCGCGAAAAAGAUAUGAACAAUUUCAUCAAAAAUUAUCCUCAAAAUCUCGAAAAUGCACAGCAAGAGCUUGCCAAUGCACAAAAGCGUGUCGUAGAUAUUCUCAGCGAAACAUCCCGCGAUAUAGAAACCAUCGAUAAGCUUCCAACUCUCGAAAAUUAUCAGCAAUUACAGCAAGAUCUCAGCUACAAAGAGCAGCAGACCAAAGCCGCACAAGCUACAGCUACUCAGCUUCAGCUUGAAGUCGAGCAGAGACGUCGCGAGCUCGAAGAUCUUCAAAAUGUCGAUCAAAAGAUCAAACAAGAGGAAGAGUCAUUACAGAAGCAGAUGGAUUCGAUGACACGCGAGAUGCCAAGCUUCAACAAUGUCGAUGCGAUCCGCGAGGAAGGCGAAAUCAGGAAGAAACAGAAAAUGGAAUUACGCGAUAGCCUCAAAUUGCAGCUAAAGAACAUAAAGAAGGCAACAAACCUUGCCGCCACACAAUAUAAUGAUAAUAGGGCAUCAUUGAGAACGAACGAGACGCAUACAAAGCUCCACCAAUUGGAGAAAGACCUUCAACAGAAAGCUCUCGAGAACGCUGCCAUCAUCGAGUACAUCGAGGAGGACCGCAGAAAGACAAACUACGCAAUGGUCAAGAGACAGGCACUCGCAAUUGUUAAUGAAAUCAAUCAGUCCCUUUAA